AUGGUCAAGUCAUAUUUGAAGUUCGAGCAUUCGGACACUUUCGGGCUCGUCACGUCCGCAUCGUCGAAUGCGAUCUGGGCCCGGGACGAUGUGCUCUCUGGAGCUGCGCGCAAGACCGGCGCCGGGCGAGCCAUUGUGGGCGCCAGUGAGGAAGUUCUCUGCUGGGACGUGAAGAAGGGAGAACUACUGGGAAGAUGGCGGGAUACCUCGUGCAAAGCGCAGGUUACUGCAAUCACACAGAGCCAGACUGAUGAGGAUAUUUUUGCGGUCGGGUACGAAGAUGGAAGCAUUCGCAUCUGGGAUUCAAGAACCGCCACGGUUAUCAUCUCUUUCAACGGUCACAAAUCUGCCAUCACCCAACUAGCCUUCGAUAACGCCGGCGUGCGCCUUGCAAGCGGAUCGAGAGAUACGGAUAUCAUUCUGUGGGACUUGGUGGCUGAGGUUGGACUCUUCAAACUUCGCGGGCAUACCGACCAGAUCACUUCGUUGCACUUCGUCUUCCCGUCCAUGGAGUUACUCAACGCCGCCGGAAUGAGUGACCACGCCGGCUUCCUGUUAACUACCAGCAAAGAUUCGCUUAUCAAGGUCUGGGAUUUGGCAUCCCAACACUGUAUCGAGACACAUGUGGCACAGUCAAACGGGGAGUGUUGGAGUCUUGGCCUUGCGCCUGACCAGAGUGGAUGUAUCACCGCAGGCAAUGACGGAGAGAUCAAGGUCUGGUCUAUCGACGAAGCUGCCAUGCUCGAGAUUUCCAAGGAGAAGGUCGGUUCGGAGAAUCAGAAGAUUCUCACCGCUAGGGGGACAUUCUACCGCACUGGCAAGGACCGCACUAUCGGCAUCAGCUUCCACCCGCGCGCAGACUACGUCGGAUUCCACGGUUCCGAGAAGGCGAUCGAGAUUUGGCGCAUCCGUUCAGAAACAGAAGUGCAGAAGAGUCUGGCCAGAAAGCGCAAAAGGAGAAAGGGCAAAGACGCUCAACGCAGCGCGGAUGGUCAAGAGGAAAAUAAGCCUGAGGAUAUCUCUUCUGCACCGAUCACAGAGAUCUUCGUAUCCCACGUUAUUGUUCGUACAGGCGGAAAGGUCCGUUCGUUUGACUGGGUACGAACGAAAUCCAGCGGGAAUAUUCAGCUUAUCGUGGCGUCGGCCAACAACCAGCUUGAAGUCUACACCGUCCCCACAGCGAGCAAGAAGAAAGAAGACGAUGACGAGUCGGAUUACAACAGGAGCCUGGCAGUGGAUAUCCCUGGACACCGGACAGAUAUCCGGUCAAUUGCCCUAAGUUCUGAUGACCGGAUGUUGGCUUCGGCCUCGAACGGCAGCCUGAAGAUUUGGAACACCAAAACCCAGAGUUGCCUGCGUACCCUCGAGUGUGGUUAUUCUCUGUGCUCAUCCUUCCUUCCUGGUGACAAGAUCGUCGUCGUUGGCAACAAGAACGGUGAACUGGAGGUCUUUGACAUUGCCUCGUCCACUCUCUUGGAUACUAUCAAAGCACACGAUGCGCCAGUGUGGUCUCUGCAUGUUCAUCCGGACGGCAAGUCUAUGGUUACUGGUAGUGCCGACAAGACCGCCAAAUUCUGGAACUUCCAAGUGGUUCAAGAAGAAAUCCCUGGUACCAAGAGAACGACGCCCAAGCUCAAGCUGGUACACACAAGAACCCUAAAGGUUUCGGAUGACAUCCUCAGUCUGCGCUUCUCACCUGAUUCUCGACUACUUGCCGUCUCUCUAUUGGACAACACUGUCAAGGUGUUCUUCACAGACUCUUUGAAACUCUUCCUCAACCUCUACGGACACAAGCUUCCAGUCCUCAACAUGGACAUCUCAUACGAUAGCAAACUCAUCGUGACCUGCUCAGCAGACAAGACCGUCCGUCUCUGGGGUCUGGACUUUGGUGACUGCCACAAGGCCUUCCUGGCCCAUGAAGACAGUAUCAUGGGCGUUGCCUUCGUUCCAAACAACAAAGAGGGCAAUGGACACAAUUUCUUCAGUGCCAGUAAAGACCGCGUCAUCAAAUACUGGGACGGUGACAAGUUUGAGCACAUCCAGAAACUCCAGGGCCACCAUGGCGAAAUCUGGGCUCUGACCAUCAGCCACUCGGGCGAGUUCAUCGUCAGUGCCAGCCACGACAAGAGCAUCCGCACAUGGAUCCAAACCGACGAACCCCUCUUCCUCGAGGAAGAGCGUGAAAAGGAACUUGAAGAAAUGUACGACAGCACCCUAACCGCCUCCCUCGAAGACGAAGGCGGCGAAGGUGAACAAGCCGAAGCAGUCGACGCCGGCAAACAAACAAACGUCACCCUCAUGGCCGGUGAAAAGAUCAUGGAAGCACUCGACCUGGGCAUGGAGGACCUCGAAAUCAUGCGCGAAUGGCGUGCCGUCAAGGCCUCAAACCCCAAUGCCGCACCACCCACCCGCAACCCCGUGUACAUAGCGCUCGGCAACAUUUCCGCCGAACAACAUCUCCUGAACACCGUGCAGAAGAUUCCCCCUGCCUCGCUGCAGGAUGCGCUCCUCGUUCUGCCUUUCUCCAAGGUUCCCGCGCUCUUCACCUUCCUUAACAUCUGGGCGAACCGUCAAUGGAACGUCCCUCUCGUGUGUCGUGUGCUCUUCUUCAUGCUCAAGACGCACCACCGCCAGAUCAUCGCGAGUAAGAUGAUGCGACCUAUGCUGGAUAGCAUCCGGUCGUCGCUGCGGCGGGUUCUCGCGGCGCAGAAGGAUGAAAUGGGAUUCAACCUCUCAGCUCUGCAGUUCAUCGGUAACCAGGUGCGCGAACAGGGUACUAAGGACUACGUCGACGAGGAUACGUGGGAGCAGGACCACCCGGUCAUUACGGGGACCGGGAAGAAGCGGCAGUUCGUGCAGAUUGCUUCUUGA